AGUCGAGAUGUUCACCAAGUGCUUUCUUCUGCUAUCAACACUCAACUUCCUGUCCGCAGGAAGAGUUCUCCAACCGGAAGAGCGCAUCAUCGGCGGAGAAGAUAUUGAAAUAGAAGAGGCUCCGUGGCAGGUGUCCUUACAGUUUCGAGGACAUCAUAAGUGUGGAGGCUCAAUUUACAGCAGGGACAUUAUCAUCACUGCUGCCCAUUGCCGCUUUACCAAAGAAGGAAAACAACUUGAAGCCGAAGACUUCCAAGUUCGCGCAGGCUCCUCAUGGAAAAAUAGCAACGGGAUUUUCAUCCAAGUUGAGGCAAUUAAAUCCCAUAAGGAGUAUAAACACGAUUUACUCGGACCCGACAUUGCUGUAAUGCGACUAAGUGAGCCGCUUGGGUUCUCCAGUGAAAGUAACACUUAUGAAACCAUUUAUGCCUAUCGUGUUGGUCAAUCGAGUUGCUCUGGCGACUCUGGUGGAGCUUUGGUUGUUGACCAGCAGCAGGUCGGUGUUGCUGCAUGGGUUCCAACUGAUUAUUGCGAGGGUAAUGUAGCCUUCGCAGGUGUCCCUUACUUCCGCAACUGGAUUUUAAAUGCCAUUGAAUCUUUUUGA